AUGUCGAGUUCUCUUUUGCUGCUGCUAUGUCUGUUGGUGCUGUCUACAGGAAGUGAUGCCAGGAGAAUCAGGAAAAGGGGACUCAAUCACAAGGACUAUGAGUACCCCAACUACCCGCAGUCCGUGCAGCACCAGAAGAAUGACCGGUGCCCGCCGCCGCCUCAGAUGCUCCCUGAGCGGGCCUGCGAGGUGCCAGGCUGCCGCUCGGACUCAGAGUGCGAGCGCCACAAACGCUGCUGCUACAACGGCUGCAUCUACGCCUGCCUGGAGUCUGUUCAGCCUCCGCCUGUUCUUGACUGGCUGGUGCAGCCCAAGCCUCGGUGGUUGGGAGGUAACGGCUGGCUACUAGAUGGCCCUGAAGAGGUGCUGCAGGCUGAGGCGUGCAGUACAACAGAGGAUGGCGAUGAGCCUCUUCACUGUCCGACAGGCUACGAGUGCCACAUCAUUAACCCGGGAAAUCCUGCCGCUGGCAUCCCCAACCGAGGACAAUGCAUUAAGCAGCGUGCCAACUCUGAUGGACGAGGGUUAAGGCACAAAUUUUUCAAGGACUAUUUAGGUACCAGUACAAACAAUGCAGUAAGCUAUGAGAAACAUCACAAGCACCUGGGAUAA